AUGUUUUCUCGAGCAAGCUUAGUUUGUUUCUUGAGCAAAUAUAUAAAGGCUAUCAAGGAUGUCUUUUGUUCUUGCAGUUGUAAACUUAAUUGAUAAUAAUGGGCAAAAUUUCCUCAUCUAACGAGGCUAGGACACUAGUCAUAGUUGGACGUACUGGAAAUGGCAAGAGUGCAACCGGUAAUAGCAUUAUUGGAAAGAAUGUUUUCAAGUCAAAGAGAAGAUCCUCAGGUGUAACAAGUGUUUGUGAAUCGCAUAGCACUAGCCUAAAAGAUGGACCAACUAUAAAUGUGAUUGAUACCCCAGGACUAUUUGCUGGAACUGAGUCUAUUGGGAAAGAAAUAGUUAAAUGUAUUGAUAUGGCUAAGGAUGGAAUCCAUGCUAUUCUUAUGGUGUUCUCUGUCAAUACUCGCUUUUCUGAAGAGGAACAAGCUACUUUUCUUAGCUUGCAAGCUUUGUUUGGAACCAAAAUUGUUGACUACAUGAUUGUUGUCUUCACCGGAGGGGACAUACUAGAAGAAAAUGAAGAGACACUUGAUGAUUAUUUAGGUUUUGAGUGUCCAGAGCCUCUUAAGGAUAUUCUUACCCUUUGUGGCAACCGCAAAGUGCUUUUCAAUAAUAAUCCUAAAAAAAAUAAAAAUAAAGAAGGACAAGUUCAACAACUUCUCCGUCUUGUGAACACAGUUGUAUCUCAGAAUGGCGGACUACCUUAUACAAAUGAGAUAUUUAACGCAGUGAAGGAGAAGGCAACAUUACGAGAUCAACAACAAAAAGUGGCUGAUUCCUUAAAAGGAUAUUCCAAAGAAGAAAUAUUGGAGAUUAAACAACAAAUGCAACAAAACUAUGAUAAUGAGUUAAAACGAAUUACUAAUAUGGUUGAAACAAAGUUGAUGGAAGAAACUGGUAAUCUUUUGAGAAAGUUAGAAGAAGAGAAAGCUGCUAGGCUUUCGGCAGAAGAGAAUUAUAAGACAAUUCAAAUUUCAUCAGGUUAUGAAAUUGAAAAACUCAAACAAGCUCUCGAAAGAGCACAUAAAAGAAUCAAUGAUCAAGAACAAAAGCGUUGUUCAAUUCUCUAA